CUGCAGUGGAGCGCCCCCUGCUGUUCUCUACGUCUGCUCUUCAGGCUUCUGUUCUCUUCAGUCUCCGGGAUGCGGGGUCGCUGCGGUUCCCAUUCUCUAUACCUCUGAAAACACAGGACUUCUAUAUAUGAACAUCACAGCACCAAAGGUUAUGCAGUUUUGUGCCUGAGAGAUAUUCUUCACCCCACAACAGUCGCUGGAGCGGUUCAAUGAUGGUGCUGGAGUGCAUGUGGAAUUAACAUCGGUUACUGGAUGACUGUAAUUGAUCAGGAUUGAGGUUUCCAGUGAUGAUUGGCCUGUGAGUGGUUCUCAAUGGCUCAGAGGAAGAGGCCAGGGACUAACAGCAGCAUGGCCACAGAGCCUCGUGCUUCAGCUCCACGCUCCUGCCCAGGCCCGUACCCCGACCCUGAGCACCCCGAGGAGGAGUACGAAGAGCGCGGGGACCCUGAGGAGUCCCAACACUCCUACCACAACCAAGAAGAGGCAGAUUUGACAGACAGCCGACCGACCACACCCACCACUCCAGAACAUGGCCACAGAGACUACCACAGCCACCCGGACAGCCUGGAUGGAGACUCUAGCUCAGACUACGUCAACAAUACAUCUGAUGAAGAAGAGGACGAUUUCGAUGAAGGGCUACCGGAAGAGGAUGAAGGCGUGACGUAUUAUAUCCGCUAUUGUCCUGAGGAUGACAGCUACCUGGAGGGAAUGGACUGUAACGAUCCAGAAUACGGACACCCGGACGGACACAUGGAGCCACCUCCGGACACAGACGAGUGCCAGGAAGUGGUUGAGGAAUGGGUAGUGAGAGGGGACGAUGCUCAUGGUGACGGAGAGGUGCGUUGCGAAGUACUCGAGCAGGACUCUGACCAGCAGCUGUACGACGGCAGACCUGAACCUGUCCUCGAUCACCACCACCACUAUCCGGAUCCCAACCAGGACCAGAUUCCACCUACUGUUGAAGAUCAGGAAGUGCAGGAUGUUGAGGGGAACGAGGGCUACUGCCCUGAUCAGGAGGAAGAACCGCAGGUGGGACAAGACAGAGAUGGCUACGCAGGUGACUACUAUGCCACAGAGGACAAUGGAAACUCUAUGCAUGCGUCACCAUACCGGGGGCAUAAAGGCACGGAGGGGGAGACGGGAGAGGAGGCGGAGGAGGAUAUUGAUCAGAUAGUGGCCGAGAUUAAGAUGAGCAUGAGUAUGGGCAGUCUUAGCAGCGGCACUGAUCAGAGCCCAGAGGAGCUGGCACCUGAUCCAGCUCCAAGCGGGUAUCAGCCAGAGACACGCUCCAAACAUGAACCCGCUCCUGCCCCAUACCCUCAGCCUCACCGUCACGACAGCAGACCCAAAUCCCUCAACAUCCCCCCUGCCAGACACAAUCCUGAACUCCAGAGGAACUUUAAGGUACGACCUCACACACCAGAGGACAGACAGAGAUGGACGCAGGACCAAGUGAGAGAGCAGGUGUCUAAUAGUGCAGAGCAGCCAAGGAAGCAGCAGCGGUCUGAUCUAAAUGGACCACUGGAGAACAACAAUGUCACUGAGCCAACAAAGAAGACGGCCUCAUUUCCCAGCUUUGUGGAUGUGCCGGGCCCAUGUGAGCCUGAGGACCUCAUUGAUGGGAUUAUCUUUGCCGCCAACUACCUCGGGUCCACUCAGCUUCUGUCAGAGAGAAAUCCAUCUAAAAACAUCAGGAUGAUGCAGGCCCAGGAGGCAGUCAGCCGGGUCAAGAGGGUACAGAAGGCAGCCAAAAUCAAGAAAAAGGCGAGCCCAGAGGGAGAUGCUCAGACUUUGACGGAGGUGGAUCUUUUCAUCUCAACUCAAAGGAUCAAAGUGCUCAAUGCAGACACCCAGGAGACCAUGAUGGAUAACGCUUUGCGCACCAUCUCAUACAUUGCUGACAUCGGAAACAUUGUGGUUCUGAUGGCAAGACGCCGCAUGCCACGCACCGCCUCACAGGACUGCAUCGAGACGACCCCUGGAGCUCCUGAGGCCAAGAAGCAGUACAAAAUGAUAUGCCAUGUCUUUGAGUCUGAGGAUGCCCAGCUCAUAGCACAGUCCAUUGGUCAGGCAUUCAGCGUGGCCUACCAGGAAUUCCUCAGAGCCAAUGGGAUCAACCCAGAGGACCUGAGCCAGAAAGAAUACAGCGACAUCAUCAACACACAGGAGAUGUACAAUGAUGACCUCAUCCACUUCUCAAACUCUGACAACUGCAAAGAGUUGCAGCUGGAGAAGCAGAAGGGGGAGAUUCUGGGCAUAGUUAUUGUGGAGUCUGGCUGGGGCUCUAUUCUGCCCACCGUCAUCCUGGCCAACAUGAUGAAUGGAGGCCCUGCCGCCCGUUCUGGGAAGCUCAGCAUCGGUGACCAGAUCAUGUCAAUCAACAACACCAGCCUGGUGGGGCUGCCUCUCGCCACCUGUCAGGGAAUCAUCAAGGGCCUGAAAAAUCAGGUGCAGGUGAAGUUGAACAUCGUAAGCUGCCCUCCUGUAACCACAGUUCUCAUUAAGAGACCAGACCUCAAGUACCAGCUGGGUUUCAGUGUGCAGAAUGGCAUUAUCUGUAGUCUAAUGCGAGGAGGGAUCGCAGAGAGAGGAGGCGUGCGGGUUGGUCAUCGUAUUAUUGAGAUAAAUGGCCAAAGUGUUGUUGCCACGGCACACGAGAAGAUUGUCCAAGCUCUCUCCAAUUCUGUCGGCGAGAUCCACAUGAAGACAAUGCCAGCCGCCAUGUUUAGACUCUUAACUGGUCAGGAGACUCCUAUGUAUAUAUGAUCUGAGGUGGACUUCAGCUGUGAUACACAACCCUGGGCACUGGGACAUUUUUGAAUGCAGCAAUCACCUUUCUCUUUUUAUGUUCACCAAAAAUAACUACCAACACUCUUACUGUCUGCUAACGUUACUUAAGAGAUAUGGUGUGUCAUUUCUGCACAGUGUAGAUUCUGUUGAUUUGUUAUGUCUGCUCACAGGGUGUGUGCAUAGUCAGGUGAAGAUGAAGAUGGAGUCGAUGCAUCUCAAGUCCUUUCUUCAUAAUGUAAGGGGGGGGGAGGCUUUGUAAAUUUUAUUUUGAUGCUACUCUUGUUUAAUUUAUUUACAAUUAUGUAUGUGUGUGGGCAUUGUUGGAGAGAUGCAAGUUUGUUUUGUAAAUAUAUAAUCGUUAUAUCAAUAUCAGAAAGGAAUGGAAAAGCCAGAGUGAGAAGUCCAAACAGUAGAAGCCCAAAACAUCAAGCCUAGUGACCAUUCCAGAAUGUUUGUUUCUGUUAAAAAGACAUUUUCUAUUAUAAACAUAAGAUGUUGGACGUUAUACUUGAUCCGUUUCAGGUGUCAUUGAAUCUUAAAUUCAUUAAAAUGCGCACUGAACCAGUACAUGUCCCCUACAUAAAAAUAACUGAACUUACCGCAGCAAAUAAUUAUGUCAUGAUACAUUUAUACACUAUAUAUAUAUAUAUAAAAUAAAAAUAAAAAAAGCUCAAGAAGUACAGGUGUAAUCCAUACUCAUCGUACAGUGAACUUUGUAAGACUGACUAGUAUCAGCAGGGACUUUAUCAACUGAAGAGAAUCGUUCCACGUCGCCAGCCUUCAUCAAUGGAUAAAUGUCAUCUAGUGGGCAUUAAAGACUGAGCAAAUUUUGAGAGUUGUUUUGUUUUUUGUUUUGUUUUUUUACAUAAAAGUGAACAAAUCUUUUGUAAAAUAGCAUACAGUAUGUAAACAAUUUCUGGACUUCUCCCAUGCUGUAAUAAUCAAACAUUCUCUUGCCAUGCUGUAAAUGAUUUUUUUUUUUUUUUUUCAAACACAAAAACAUUGUAUGAAAUGUAAGAGUUUAUUUUUUAAGUGUGCUUUUUUGUGUAUGCCCGGCUGCAACUCAUUUGAGUCAGUGGUGAAUGUAAUAGUGUUGUUAAUAGUGUGUCCACUUCCUUAAGCAGUAUUAGAAUGUCUGUACAUAAACGUUUAACCUUGUUUAGUACUGUGUCCAUGUAGGAAUCACUGUUAGUCCCAUUUUAUCUUUGUGAGGCUUUGGCCUUGGGAAAAUAAGAAGACACUGUGACCAAAAGCCUUACCGCUGCGUAAGAAAGCUUUUGAAAAUGAAUUGUAAUAAAAAAAGAGAGAUGAAACAACUAAUAAUACAUGAACAUGAAUACCUGUCUGCAUGCAUCUUAAAAUGACACUAUGGCAAAAUAACAAUAAAGUGUAACAUAAGCCCUU